AUAACAUUAAUCAACGCGGAAUUACCUCCGUUUCUUAAACCUUGUGCUAUAUCAUCAAAGAACUUAAAUAAAUGUCUUAAAGAUAAUAUAGAAUCUGCUAAACCUUACCUCGUCGAAGGUAUUCCGGACAUGUCCAUUCCUUCGAUUAAAGUAAUACCAAUUGCGUAUUCUCGCUUGGACUUACCGGACUUUCAUUUUGGACUCUGGAAUUACUUAAUCACAGGCAUGGAUGAAUUCGAGGUGGAAAAAGUCGUCGUCGAUUUUCAAAACAACGAAAUCAAAGUUCAAGCAUUUUUUCCAAUAAUCAUUGGAGCCGGAUUAGUUCAGAUUAAAGGAAAUCUGUUCAAUAUGAAUUUAGAUAGUAUGGGACCAAUUCAUGCAAAUGUUUCGAAUAUUAUCAUCAAUUACACGUUGAAAAUAUCGCUUGUUGAAAAGGAUGGAAAACAAUAUAUGGUGAAGGAUUCUGAUGAAAUUAAGACUAAACAGACUGAUGGAAAAUUGUAUAUUCACAUAGAUAAUUUAAGUUUCGGAAAUGAAACUGCAACACAAAUUAUGAACGAUGUUUUGAACACACAUAAUGAACAAUUUCUUAAUAUCCUGUUUCCUAUUCUUCAAAAAUCUCUUAAACAAUUAUUAGAUACGGUAUUAAAUACCCUGUUUAAAACUUAUUCAUUUGAUGACUUCUUCCCUAAAUAA